AUGUCCCUCGAGGUCAUAUAUGUCACCCGCCACGGGUUUCGAUCAGGCUGGAGUGUCGACCCUCUGACUGGCGUUUAUUCCGCCUUCAUACGGUCACCCACAGGCAUUCCCGCAGACCCUCCCUUGACGUCGCAUGGAGUAUCACAGGCCAAGGAGAUGGGCCAGCAUCUGAUGACACUUGAUCCUCCCAUCGACGUCGUGUACUCUAGCCCCUACUACAGGUGCUUGCAGACAAUCAAUCCCUUUGUGGAGCUCAAGAGACAGCAAUCCGGAGGCAAACUCGACACUGCCGCCACCAGAAUCCGCCCAGAGUAUGGACUAUUGCCAGCUCCCGCCGACCGACUCAAGGCGCUGUUUCCAGCUUACGAUGAGAACUACGUGUCCGCCUUGACCCCGUCGAGAAGAGGUGAAACGAUCCAGGACCUGUACGGGCGAGUUGCAGCGGCCGUGCAAGCCAUCAUCGACCAAUGUGAUCGGGAGGGAAAGCGCGCCGCCUUAAUAUGCACACAUGCAGCCGUAAUCAUCGCCCUGGGCCGCGUUCUGUCGGGUAACAUCCCCGACACCGUCGAGACGGAGGAUUUCCAAGCCUUCACCUGCGGGCUGAGCGUCUACCGCAGGCGAAGUACGCAGACGAACAUGGCCGGUCCUGGCGAACGCGGGACACUAAUAAGCGAGGCCCAGACCGUGGGAGCAUGGCAGUGCGAGCUGGACAGCGACUGCAGCUUCCUGACCUCUGGAGAGGAGCGAGGAUGGUUAGUUGGCCCAUCCAUCUACAUGGUCUCCAGACGGUAG